CACCUCUUCACCUACCAAUAAUCGUCCCGAAAUCUGCCAAAAAAAAGGACAAAAAGUUUGGAGAGUUGAAGCCCGGACUGGUGCUUCUCUUUUACUUAUUCCGACUAUGAUCACUGCCAUCCCCUCCAUACCUUGGUCAAGGGAUGUUUAUCCAGUGAUCAUGGAAACCCGCUGACUCCCAGUCUAAUCCACUAAGCUGGUUUCCAAGAAUAAGCCCCCCUCCGAACCAUUGGGCCAAAGUGGCGGUUCGACGUGGUGAGUCUUUAAUAGUGGCCAUCAAGGCGUACUUUGUUGAGGAAAAGUUCACUGGAAUAAAUAUAUGUAGGGUACAUUUCACGGUAUGGAUCACUAAGUGAAUAUAUACUUAGUACGUGCAAGUCAGGCAAGUAUCCCAUUCACCAGUAUCAACACUACAACAAAGCACAUUAGUUUGCAAGUGAUCUGCUCCCACGGAGGCCCAUCGCAUUGUUCCUGAGAUCUGGUGUCGAAAUCUCGUGUACCACUGGAAGGUAUCAGGUACAAAGGCUGCUCAGCGGAGUAGGCCAUGGAGGAACUAAAAGACGUACGGCUAGAACUUCUUGCUCGUUCUCUCAUUCCAUACCCCGGACGUCAAGGUUGGUCAUAUCUCCAAGCCUUCGACUUCUCUCCGGCCCGAAACUUGUUCCCCGCAAGUCUGGAGUGGCCCGCAUCCAAUCGCCGGACUGCCGCGUUCCGUUCUUGUCCAGAGAGAAUAGACCCAUGUUCGGAACAAACAAUUCCCCAGAACAGCGGAGAAAAGGUCAUGAUAUACUCAGCUAUGCAAAACAUCCAUUUACGGCUCAGAAUGUCGAAAGAAAGAGUUGAAUGUGUUCUUGUGAGCACUUGUACAUACCGCCUGCACCAUGGAUUCGCUUCCCACGAAGAACAUUCCAACAAAAGCACUUGUUGUUGAAAAGCCAGGUGCACCUUUCGUACUUGAAGAUGUGAUACUGGACGAGGUCAGACCACAAGAGCUGCUUGUUGAGAUCAAGUAUGCUGGUGUUUGCCACACUGACAUCGUUGUCCAAGAGGGCAAGAUGCCGAUUGGUUCAUUUCCCGCUGUACUUGGACACGAAGGAGCGGGCGUCAUCCUCAGAUUGGGUGACGGGCUGAAGGAGUCGGGUCUUGUUGCUGGUGAUCGAGUUAUGCUAGGCUACUGCUCGUGUAUGGAGUGUCCGGCCUGCAAUGAAGGUCGGAAAGGAGCUUGCAAUAACAUAGCAAUGGUCAACUUUGCAGGAGCACGAGGACCGGAAGAUUCGCCUCUCCGCCUCGCCAAUGGAACAUCGAUCCGGGGAGCCUUCUUCGGUCAAUCCUCCUUCAGCAAGUUGGCAAUCGUUGACUAUCGAGCAGUGGUCAAGUAUGACGGGCCUGUUGAAGAUCUUUCUUUUCUAGCACCACUGGGUUGUGGGUAUAUGACGGGUGCAGCUACAGUGUUGAACGUCCUGCAACCAAAGCCAUCCCAGACCGUCGCAAUAUUUGGUCUUGGAGCUGUUGGACUUUGUGCAUUGAUGGCAGCCAAAAGCGUUCCUGUUGCUGAGAUCAUUGCUGUCGACAUCCUUGACUCGAGGCUAGAGAUGGCGACUAAAUUUGGUGCGACGAAGACGAUAAAUGGGAAACAACAUGAGAGUAUCGAAGCUGCUAUUCGGGAAGUGUCACAAGCCGGCGUCGAUUAUAUCGUUGACACUACUGGCCUAACCAAGAUGAUCAAUGAAGGUAUCAAGGCUUUGGGCCACGGUGGGACUUUUGCUGUGGUUGGCACUCCUCGUCCAGGGGAAUUGGCCGAAUUUGAUGCUUUGGACAUGCUGGUGCACUGCAAGAAAAUCAUUGGCAUCACUGGUGGUUAUUGUGAUCCUCAGGCCUUCAUCCCUCGACUGGUACAAAUGUUUCGUUCGGGCAAAUUCCCCAUUGACACUUUAUCCAAGACAUAUCCACCUACCGAGAUUGAGCAGGCGAUGCAAGAUAUGAAGUCGGGCAAGGUUAUCAAACCCAUACUAUCUUGGUAGCAAGAUUUGAGGGUCAAUUUCGGUAGAGUCAAUGGACACUAAUAUCAACAAAGCUCUUGACGCUGCAAGAUCCUAUCUAUACUGUGGUUUCAAUC